GAGCGCUCGCCCUUCCCACCACAACCAACGAACGCAGCCUUGAUCAACCCAACGCGCUGCGCCAACAACAAAACGAUUCCUCAUUUUCGUCAUUCCUUGGGAUUGACCACUCCAAGACGUAGCGGCUGAUUUUUCAUACCAACUCCAACGCCGAUAUUCGACGCCAGCCGCAUCCGUUCCCCCUUCACAAUGCCGGGCCUCGUUUCCGCGACCGGCGUUCUGGGCUUUCUGGCCGACGAAGAGCCGGAACUCAAGGUUUUUGCGCUCAAGACACUAAAUGAUGAUAUCGACACGGUCUGGACUGAGGUAGCGGGGGCAUUGAGCCAAAUUGAGGCGUUGUACGAAGACGAGAGCUUCCCGGAACGCCAGCUCGCCGCCCUAGUUCUCGCCAAGGUCUACUUUCAUUUGCAAGACUACAAUGAGAGCAUGACAUUUGCGCUUGCCGCCGGCCCUCUGUUCAAGCUCGACGCACCCGGCGAGUUCGAGGAGACCAUCAUCUCGAAAUGCAUCGAUCAGUAUAUUGCCGUCUCAUCGUCUCGUCACACGCCAGCGAAGUUGUCCAAAAACGACAUCGAAUUGCCAGCCCUUGCUACCACGUUCGGCAGUGGCUCGCUCGAUGGCUCAGCCUUGAUCUCGGCCACAACGCCCUUCUCGCAGUCCACGCUGCCUUCCAAGUCGCUCCUCUCGCGCAAUUCAGUUGACAAUACCAUUCUUGACCCUUCCUUCCAGCCGACAAAGGAGGGCCGUUCUGCCUCGGUGGCUCAGAUUACCGACCAAUCUACGUGGACGGCCCUAGAGAGUGUGAUUGAGCGACUUUUCGAGAACGCCCUGGCCGAGGGCAAGUACCGGCAGGUGGUCGGUAUCGCCGUAGAAGCGAAAAAUCUUGAUGUGCUUCGCAGGGUUAUCAAGAGGGCCAGUGAGGACGGGAAGCGCGACAAGACGAAGGCGCAAGAAGGUGCCCAGGGCCCGGCGGAGGACUUGAUGGACUAUGCCCUUACCAUCUGCAUGGACAUUGUCCAGGAACGGGGAUUGCGAACCGAGAUGCUGCGCCUGAUUCUUGACCUCCUCAACGACAUUCCCAAUCCGGACUACUUUGCCAUCGCCAAAUGCGUUGUCUAUCUGGACUCGGACGAAGAGGCUUCAUCGCUUCUCAUGCAGCUAAUUACUAGGGGCGACAAGAGUGCGAUUGCGACUGCCUAUCAAAUUGCGUUCGACCUCUACGAUAACGGAACGCAAGAAUUCCUGGCUAAGGUGAUCAAGUCUCUGCCCUCUGGAGAGCUGCCGAAGAAGAAAGAAGCGGCGCAAGGGGGCGAAGGCGCCAGGGAAUCAGACCCUCUCCUCGAGAACCAGGAGAACUCCGAGGAAGAGCUUCCAGAAGAAGUGGCAAAGGUCUACAGGAACGUCCGGUCUAUCCUGGACGGCAGCAUGACCAUCAGGCUGAACCUAGAGUUCCUCUACCGCAAUAAUCACACCGACCUGAGCAUCCUCAACAGAGUACGGGACAGCCUAGAGGCUCGCAACUCUAUCUUCCACACGGCUGUCACGUUCUGCAACGCCUUCAUGAACGCUGGAACGACCAACGAUAAGUUUUUCCGAGACAACCUGGAAUGGCUGGGCAAGGCUGUCAACUGGUCCAAAUUCACCGCGACCGCUGCGCUCGGUGUCAUUCACCGUGGGAAUAUCAGCCAGUCGCGCAAGCUUCUCGAACCCUACCUUCCCAAGCAAGGUGGGGUGUCGAGCGGUUCCAUUUUUAGCCAAGGCGGCGCGCUCUACGCUUAUGGCCUGAUCCAUGCGAACCACGGCGCCGACGCGCUUGAAUAUCUCCGAACCAUGUUCAAUGCGGCAGACGAAGAAGUCAUUCAGCAUGGUGGCGCCCUCGGUCUCGGCAUCGCGGGGAUGGCUUGCGGCGACGAGCAGAUCUACGAAGAACUUACAAAGGUGCUCUUCGCUGACUCUGCUCUCAAUGGCGAGGCCGUCGGCUUGGCCGUUGGACUGAUCAUGCUCGGGUCCGGCAACGCAAAGGCUCUUGAGACCAUGUUCACUUACGCGCACGAAACGAGCCACGAAAAGAUUGUCCGUGGCUGUGCUCUCGGCAUGGCACUCAUCAUGUACGGGCGCCAAGAAGGCGCUGAUAGCAUGAUUGAGGGUCUGCUGAACGACCCUGAUCCGACGCUGCGCUACGGCGGCAUCCUCACCGUGGCUCUGGCAUACUGCGGCACGGGAAGCAACAAGGCCGUUCGGAAACUUCUCCAUACCGCCGUGAGCGAUGUCAACGAUGAUGUCCGCAGAAUCGCCGUCAUGAGCCUUGGCUUUAUCCUCUUCCGGAAGCCUGGCAGCGUCCCUCGCAUGGUCGAGCUCCUGGCCGAGUCGUACAACCCUCACGUGCGGUAUGGUUCCGCCAUGGCGCUCGGCAUCGCGUGUGCUGGCACCGGGUUGGACGAGGCCAUCGAUCUGCUCGAGCCCAUGAUGAAGGACCCGACCGACUUUGUCCGCCAGGGCGCCCUCAUCGCCCUUUCGAUGAUCAUGGUUCAACAAAACGAGGCCAUGAACCCCAAGGUCGCCACCAUCCGGAAGACACUGAAGAAGGUCGUUGGCGACCGGCACGAGGAUGCCAUGACCAAGUUCGGUGCCGCGCUGGCUCUUGGUAUUCUCGAUGCUGGCGGCCGGAACUGCACCAUCGGCCUACAGACUCAGACGGGUAACCUCAACAUGGCAGGCGUUGUCGGCAUGGCCGUCUUCACGCAGUACUGGUAUUGGUUCCCAUUCACCCACUUCCUGUCGCUCAGCUUUGCGCCGACUUCGAUCAUUGGCCUCGACCACGACCUCGAGAUGCCCAACAUCAAGUUCUACUGCGCGACUCGCCCCAGCCUGUUCGACUACCCCCCGGAGCAGGAAGUCAAGGUGGAAGAGGGGCCCGCCUUGGUCACUACGGCUAUCCUCUCCACCACGGCUCAAGCGAAGCGCCGCGCUCAAAAGAAGGAGCGCGCCCAGCGUCGCGAGAGCAUGGACAUCGAUACCCCUACUGUCACCAAGAUCCCGGCGCCUUCUGGUGACAAGAUGGAAGUAGACGAGGAGAAGGCGGCCAAGGCGGACGAGCAGAAGGAGAAGGAGGGCGAAGCUGGUGCCGACAAGGACGGCUCCGCCGGCCCGGACGCGAAGAAGAAAGCCGAGAAGGAAAAGGUUGGCUACGAAAUCGAGAACAUGUCGCGCGUCCUCCCAGGCCAGCUCAAGUACAUUAGCUUCCCGGCAGGACGCUACAAGCCGGUUAAGAAGCCUACUGGCGGUCCUAUCCUUCUCCAUGACACGCAACCCGAUGAGCCUAAGACGCUAGUCGAGGAGAAGCUGAAGAAGGUUGCGACGGAGCGUGCCCCCAUUGCCGGUGCCACCACAGGCGCCGGAGCUACGCCUCGCAACGCGGCCCAGUCGCUACUGUCGAACUGGUCCUCGCGGGCAAUGGGUGGCGGAGGCGGCAUGCCGGAGCUGAACGAGCUGCUCCAGCUUACCGCCCGUGGGGCAGAAGGUCGCGCGGGCCAGGUCGGUGGCGGCGCGGCAGCUGACAGUGGAAGCGGUGCCGCGGCAGCAGCGGGCGUGCUCACGGCCGUGGAUGAGGAUAACGAGGGAGAUGAGGAGGCGCCGGCUCCGGCGGAGUUUGAGUACUUUACGGACGCCGACGAGGAUGAGGAGUAGACGACGUAGAACAGGGGGCGAUCCAGGUGUAUGAUAAUCGUCCUGUACAUUUGCCACCUGAAGGGAAAUGGUCACCUGAAGAGCGACGAAUCUACUUUGGUGGCUUUGCGGAGGACAAUAGACCGGCUUAACGGCCUUUUUUUUUCCCGCAACCGACACAUUGAUCCGAAGAGUAAACAAAUGCCUCUGAUUAGUGAGGUUGCAAGGAGUCCUGGAGCGGCUACUGCGUUUGCGGCAUGGACUUCUUGCUGUGACCGCCAAACGCCAAGUCCUCUUUUGCAGAUUUUUGGGCCUGCACACCC